AUGGGAUUGUCCUUCUCCAAGUUGUUUGCCGGCCUCUUUGGCCACAAGGAAAUGAGAAUCUUGAUGGUGGGUUUGGAUGCCGCAGGUAAGACCACCAUCUUGUACAAGUUGAAGUUGGGAGAGAUUGUCACCACCAUUCCAACCAUUGGAUUUAACGUCGAAACUGUCGAGUACAAGAACAUCUCGUUCACGGUGUGGGACGUGGGUGGACAGGACAAGAUCAGACCGUUGUGGAGAUACUAUUUCCAGAACACCCAGGGUAUCAUCUUUGUUGUUGACUCCAAUGACAGAGACCGUAUUGCUGAGGCCCGGGAGGAGUUGCAGCAGAUGCUCAAUGAAGACGAGUUGAGAGAUGCGUUAUUGCUUGUGUUUGCAAACAAGCAGGACUUGCCAAACGCCAUGAAUGCUGCGGAGAUUACCGAGAAGUUGGGAUUGCACUCGAUUCGCCAGAGACCAUGGUACAUUCAGUCGACAUGUGCCACAUCUGGAGACGGUUUGUAUGAGGGUUUGGAGUGGUUGUCCACGAACUUGAAGAAUGCG